AUGGUGAAGAAGCUCGAAGCCGUAGAUUCGAGUGGCUGGACACCAUUUGUCGCUGGAGACGAAAAGUGGGUCCUCUACGUCAACCAUACCCAUAAACAUGCGUGGUGCGCUGGCCAUGAAAUGCCGGAUCCUUUCGUGAAAGGUGAAAUCCAUGAGAAGAAGGUCAUACUGAGCGUCUGGUGGGGAGUUCAUGGAAUCUACCGUUUCGAACUGCUGCCGGACAACACGACCGUUACUGCGGAGGCCUACUGCGCUCAACUGCAAAGACUGGCCGACAAGAUCCGCAAGGAGCACCCGAAGCUCGACAACGUUCGCCUGCUGCACGAUAACGCGCGCCCUCACAUCGCGAAGAAGACUUCCCAGGAAAAUCUGGAGCUCAGAUGGGAAGUUCUAUCGCAACCACCGUACAGCCCAGACCUGGCGACUACCACCUCUUCCGAUCGCUUCAGCAUCACCUGGAAGAGAAGCGCUACGAUGGCACCCACGCCAAGAACCACCGUAAAGGACGUCAGCAAGGAUCAACACGACCAGCUGAGUAAGCAAGUGCAAAUAUUCGAAGAGGUGGGCCACACUUUCGCCUACUGGUACAAGAGGUGCGGACCGGUCAUCAGGGAUUCGGUCUUGCUGGAUAGCAAGAAGCGCGAUUUGAUCCUCAUGAAGCUGGACGAAGAUGCAUAUCGCAAAUAUGCUGAUGACAUACUACCGAAACAACCGCACGAAAUCGAUUUCGAGACGACGGUCGCGAAUCUGGAGAAGAAUUUCGCGUCAAGGAAGACGCUGAUUCGAAGACGGUACGAGUGUCUCAGGAUAAACUGCCCGCCGCUGACGGCCAGUUGUGUACCAUUCCGAGACUACGCUAACAUGAUCAAGCGGUUGGACGAAGACGCUCGACUGAAGGAGCUGGACUACACAGCACUGAAGACGCUACAGUUCGUAGCAGGACUUCAGGAUCCGUCGCUUCGUGAAGUUCGUCUGAGAAUGCUCCGUCGACUGGAUACGCACACAGAAGAUGCGCCGUUGACGAUAGAAGACCUCGUUGCUGAUUGUGAGAACUUCACCGCAUUGAAGAUGGACAACACAGACAUGGAAGGAAAUCAUGAUAUCCAUGUCGUGCAGAAAAAGAAUGUGAAGUGCUUCAAUUGUGGAGGACCGAACUACAGAAGCACAUGCCCGCUUCUCUCCUCCAACACUGGGCAGAAGAUGCGACAGAAACCAAGAAGACGAUUCAACCGUCGCAGGAAAAGCCAGUGUAAGAACGUUGUCACCUUCGCCGCUGAGAACGCUCGAACCUACCUCGAUGUCAAUAUCAGGGGACGUUCUCUACGCUUCCAGCUCGACACAGGCGCAGAUAUCACGUUGGUAUCACGUCGAACGUGGAAAAAGCUCGGAUCUCCACCCUUGGAACCCUGUAUCAUGCCAGUCAAAACGGCAGAUGGAUCACCGAUGAAGAUUGAUGGAAGAUUCUCCACAGACUUCUUUGUCAGAGACCGGACAACAGGGAAGAACAUCCUAGGUAAUGGAACUUGUUACGUCACCGAAGGCACGAAUCUGAUAGGACUGGAGUGGUGUAUUCAACUUCCAGCGUACAAGGAGUUGAAAGACAAAUACCACUGCCGAAUGGUGACUAAAGAAGAAGCAAACCGAGAGAAAAUCAUCGCAGACUUGAAGAAGCAAUACGCAAAAGUGUUCAAGUGCGGACUUGGCAGAUGCGUCAAGACUAAGGCGAAGUUGUUGUUGAAGGACAACGCAGUACCUGUUUUCAAGAAAAAGCGACCAGUGCUCUAUGCCUCCGUGCCGGAUUUGGAUGCUGAAGUUGAUCGGCUGGUGGCCGAACAAGUAAUAUCCCCAGUAGAGCAUUCAGAGUGGGUCACGCCUAUCGUUGUAGUCAAGAAGAAAAAUGGGCAAAUCCGCUUGUGCGGAGAUUUCUCGACAGGACUGAACGAUGCGCUGCAGUUGUACCAACACCCGUUGCCCACCGCGGAGGACGUGUUUACGAAGUUGAAUGGAGGACAACUUUUCACGCAAAUCGACUUCGCAGAAGCAUAUCUGCAGGUGGAAGUUAAAGAAGAAUCGAAGGAAAUGCUGAUGAUUAAUACGCACAGGACUGUAUCGCUACAAUCGUCUAUCCUUUGGCGCGAAGUCAGCACCUGGCAUAUUCCAGCAGAUCAUGGAUUCAAUGAUAUGUGGACUGGAAGGCGUUGCUGCCUAUCUAGAUGA